GCAGCAGAAGCGGCGCUCGCCCCCCUCCGUGGUCCCCGGUGCCCGGUCUCCGCAGUUCACUCCCCGGCGAGCGGGCGCAGGGCAUCCCCUGCAGCGCCUGCCCAGCGGGGCGUGCGUCCGGAGCCAUGGGCGCUGUCAUAUCUGCCCUGCUGGUGGGGGGAAGUCUGGCUGGGGCGUUCUUCGUUUGGCUGCUGCGGGGGGAUUCCGGGGACCAGGGGGCGGUGACCGGAGAGGAGCCUGAGGAGGCUGCUGCGGCAGCCGCGAGGGGGGACGCAGGGGACCCCCUUUGCCCAAAGCACGAGCAGGUGGCCCAACUCAGGGAGCAGAGGGGCGACGGGGAUGUCAAGACAGCGGCCGGAGAGCAUCAUCAGGAAAGUAAUGGAUAUUUGGUGUCUGAGUCCAAAAGCAGUGACCUUGAGAAUCCAAUACGGAAAUCGCAGAAUAGUUCUACCCAAGGCUUUGACCAUCUGAGACCAGGGGAGCAGCUUCAUCCCACACAUUUGCUAGGGACAGAAUCUCUGACUGUCUCAGGGUUUACUAAUUCUUCGAGCUACUCUGAAGUCUUAAGUGGUCGACCAGCAGAUCCUCUGAAAGGGCAGGAGACAUCUUCCCAGCCAUCUGUGCGCUCUUCAGGGAAGUGCCCUUCUGAAAACUUAUUGGUGGAUAAACGUGAAGAACAGUUGAAAACUCUACAGGUGGUAGGUCCAGAUUUGGUUGAUCAUGAGGAUUGGGAAAUGGUACCCAAGCACUCAUUGUGGAAGGAUGCCAGUAAGGGCAAAAGCUCUGAGCCUUCUCAUGCUGGUGUAUCUGCGCUUGAACUCCAGAUAUCAAACCAAGGAUUAGACUAUGGAAGAGAUUCCCUCAAGGAUGCCAAAGGUCAAGAGAUUCAUUUGAAAGCAAAGAGAGUGGCAGCAGUGUCACCAUUGUCUCAGCAAGUCAAUGUCCAGUUCCAGGUUCAUUAUGUCACCAUGUCUGAUGACACAGUGGUGGCAGUAAUCGGAGACCAUGAAACCCUUGGCAGCUGGCACAGUUACAUCCCACUUCAGUGUGACAAGGAUUGGUUCUGGUCUAGAUCUGUUCCCUUGCCAACGGAUACAGUGCUGAAGUGGAAAUUUGUGAUAGUGGAGAAUGGGAGCAUUGUUCGUUGGGAAGAAUGCAGUAAUCGACUCCUAGAGACUGGGCAUGAAGAUACAAUAGUUCAUAAAUGGUGGGGCUGUCACUGACUGGUUUGGGAAAACACCAGAAUAAGUUUUAGGAUUAUUGUGCUUUUUUUACUCUAGAUUUAUUAUUCCACAAGAACAAGAACUCCAGGAUUAUCUUCAGUUGCUCUUUUAACCUUCGGAGUUUAUCAAGAGCUAUUGAAUGUAUUUAUGUGAAGAUGCUGCUUCUGCAUUUAUCUAAAGAUGCUGCAUGUGCCUCUUCCUCUCCCUCCCACAACUCCAUUGAGCUUUGCGGUAUUCCAUCCCUAGAUGUCCUUGUGCCGGUCCAUUUCUGCUUCAUUGUUCAGUUUCCUUGGCACAAGGAGCUGGGCUAAAGGGUUCUGUUGAGUGGUCAUGGUGGCAAAACAGGACUCAAACCUGUGGAGUAUCAGCAUUUCCUUUAAAAGUCACCUGACUCCCUGCUAAUUUAGUGAAUAAUGAUGACAUCUUUUGGACUGUGUUUCAGAAUAGAGGGAUAAUGCUGCUUCCUUUCUUUGUACCUCCAGUGCCUGGUAAAAAUGUCUAUUGAUCAAUCGAUUGAUUGAUGUAGUGAAAGUUUCUGGCCUUCCAGAUGUCACUAGCAAAGACAUGAAGUAUUAUUUUAGGGUAGCUUCCGUAGGCCUAGGCCAACAUUUUGAGCAUUGCUUUUGUUUGUAUCCUUGGAAGGAGAAGAAUGUGUAUUUUUAUCUGAGUUCCCUCAGUGACUGAUGGGACCAUGGUAAACUCCCUCUGGAGAUGGGGCAAGUGGGAGUAGGUUCCUUAAUAUCACUUCCUUAAGAAUCAGGAAGUGCUAUGAUGCCAUAUGGAUUCAAGUGAGACCCCUAAACCAUACACUUCUGGUGCCCCAAUCUGGACAAAAAGACAUAUCUAGUCUGGAACAACCUUUUCUUUCCAUCUUUCCCCACAGGCCCUGUCCUGUGGAUAUGUAUGUCCACACUCACAGUUCUGAGUGGCAGUCCUGGGGUCUAUAAUCACAGCAUGUUGCUGGUUGUAAGUUACCUAGGACAAUGGGGAAAGUGCUCUUGGAGUUUUAUACAUAUAUACAAUAUAUACAAUACAUAUAUGCAAUAUACAAUGUAUACAAUAAAGCUUGCUAUUUUCAUAUCUUU